GGCCCAGCAGGGACAGGGAGCAGGUGACUCUGUGCCAGGAGCCCCGAGCAGCACAGGCAGAGCUGCAGCAGAAGGGCCAUGGAGCAGUACUUCUCAGCCACGCAGAAGAUGGAGCAGGAGGUGAUGUUCCCCAGCCUGCUGCGAGGGGUCUUCCCGCAGCAGGAGGGGGCAGCGCCGGCCGCCGAGAGCCGCACGGACCUGUACGAGCGCUACCAGCUGCUCAAGGCCAUCAAGCCCAUGGUGGAGAAAGGCCUGGCCUCUGUGGGUGACCAGAGCCCCAGCGGGGCCGACAGCGACACGGACACAUCCUCGGACAGCACCGAGGCCGGGGACGCCCAGCUGGAGGAGCGCCUGUGCCACCACCUGAGCGGCCUGCAGCAGGUGCUCACCCACCUCACCAGGGACACCAACGCCCUGACGCGCAGGUACAGCCAGAUCCUGGAGCAGAUCAACCUCAGCGAGGGCCAGCCCAGCUGGUGACCCUGUCCUGGCCACCAGGACAGGUGCUGGUGUCAGAAGCACAAGACGUCCCCGUCGCUGAGCAUCGCAGGCUCUUCGCAGUGCCGCGCGCAUUCCCCGCUCCGUGGCAGCUGAUCUGAUCUGAUCUGAUCUGAUCUGAUCUGAUCUGAUCUGAUCUGAUCUGAUCUGAUCUAAUCUCCCGGCACUGGCACUGACACCAGGGAUGGUUGUGACGACUGGAGAACCAGAGGGUGCCUGAUCCUCCUCGGAAGAAGCAUGUGGCUGUGCCGGGAAGUCCAUUGGAAGAGCUGCAGGCUGGUGCCCUCCUCUUUAUUUUCAAAGAGUGGCACAAAGCUGGGAGUGCUGUGAGGUGGCCCCGACCUCCAACAGUCCCUGGACAUUGCCAAGCCCUUUUCCAGCUGGUCCUGGACUCCAAGGGCAUUUCCCCCUCUUUCUGCUAAUAAAGGAAUC